GAGGCAGGAGCCGCAGUCCCGGCGACGAGGGACCGAGGACUCGUGCCGCGAGCGGGAGGCGCGACGGGAGCGGCCCACGUGCGCGCCCGCGGAGUCAGCUGCGCGCCAGGAGACGGGAAGCGCCCGCUCGGCGACCUUAUGUUUCUGCUGGGGGAUCUCUGCACCUUCGGAAGCCCGCGGAGCCCGCCGAGACCCCCGGCCCCGGAGAGCUGAUCGUGCCCCUCCGGCACUUGGCUGGGAUGAACUUGCCGGCCCUUCUCUUCUCGAUCGGUUGGUGGACUUUGGGGCUGGUAAACGGGAUUCACCCAGAAUGCAGAUUGCAGCUGGAGCUUCAUAAAGAGGAAAUAAGGUGCAUGGAGAUUUUAAAAAAUGCCAAAACCGUGGGUUUUAAAGGGUGUGUUGGGAUCUGGGAUAACAUUACCUGCUGGCACCCUGCAGAAAUUGGGGAAACCGUGACAGUACCGUGUCCAAAAAUCUUCAGCAUUUUUUUCAGCAAACCAGGAAAUAUCAGCAAAAAUUGUACAAGUAAUGGCUGGACAGAUAUAUUUCCAGAUUUCUUCUUUGCUUGUGGAUAUAAAGAAGUUGACGAAGACAGCAUGAUUUUCUAUGUUUUGGUGAAAGCGAUUUACACCCUUGGACACAGUGCAUCUCUCAUUGCUCUGACUACAGGAAGUAUAAUUCUUUGCCUUUUUAGGAAGCUUCACUGCACUAGGAACUAUAUACAUUUGAAUUUGUUCCUAUCCUUCAUUCUAAAAGCAAUCUCUGUCUUGGUCAAAGAUGAUAUCCUCUAUUCUGGUACCAACACAGUUCACUGCUCAGAGGAUCAACCAUCCUGGGUCGGCUGCAAGGCUAGCUUGGUAUUUUUCCAGUACUGUGUAAUGGCCAACUUUUAUUGGCUCUUAGUUGAAGGACUUUAUCUCCACAUCCUCAUGGUCAUAUUCUCUCCUAACAGACACUUCGCCUUAUAUCUCCUUAUUGGAUGGGGAAUCCCCACAUUGUUCAUCAUCGCAUGGAUUGUGUCUAGAGUCUAUUUGGAGGACACUGGUUGCUGGGAUACGAACGAUCACAGCGUUCCUUGGUGGGUUAUAAGGUUACCCAUCCUAAUUUCAAUUUUAGUGAAUUUUGUUCUUUUCAUCAGCAUUAUAAGAAUUCUACUGCAAAAGCUGAGAUCGCCAGAUGUUGGAGGCAAUGACCAGUCCCAGUAUAAGAGACUUGCAAAAUCGACAUUGCUGCUUAUACCACUGUUUGGAGUUCACUACAUGUUGUUUGCGGUCUUUCCGAUUCGUAUUUCUAAUAACUAUCAGAUCAUUUUCGAGUUAUGUCUGGGAUCUUUUCAGGGCCUGGUUGUUGCAGUCCUAUAUUGCUUUCUGAACAGCGAAGUACAAGGCGAACUGAAAAGAAAAUGGCGGAGUUGGUGUUUGAACCAAAGAAUGGGCCGAGAUUACAGACUUCACAGCUCUUCUAUUUCUCGGAACGGCUCAGAAAGCAUCUCCCAGUUGCAUCGUAAUUCAGCGACUCAGUUUUCUCUCCAAACGGAAACCACAAUGAUAUAAGCCACGUGGGUGCCUGCAAAAGACUAAAGA